AUGAAUCACGAAUCAUCAUCAACGUCAGCUGCUUCUCCCAGCGCUAGAAGACCACAACAACACAACUUGUCCAACCAAGGUCGACAGAAUCAUCAACAUCAUCAGCAUGGAUCAGUUGUAAGACAUACGCCACCUUCAGCGUAUCCUCCGCCAUCGUCCGCACGGACACCAAGGUCGCAUGUUCGAUAUUCUGGCAAUCACACACAACAAUAUUCAUCACCUUCCAAUCCCUAUUACGGGUCUCCUUUUUCUUCCACACCGCCGCCUGCUAGCGCACGAAAACCAAGAGGGUCGCCACAACAUACAACGCCGCGGCACAAUCUACUGGAUCGACAGGAUUUUGAUUCUCCGUUCAUGUCACCUUCCGCUAUAAAUUCAAUAUCAUCACCACAGAAAUCAAGGCAUCGGCCAGAACCAUUGGUAUUGGACCCCAGUACACCAUCCUUUUCGACUCCUCCAUCAUCAGCAGCAACAGCAACCAAUGCGACAUCGAAACAUCGUACACAAUCCAUUAGCCGAAGAAAUAGUAGUGGCAGCAGUCAUCGCAACGAUAACAACAACAACUCCUCGGUUCCUGUGGUGAGCAAGCUGUUUCAGGCUGCCACCAAGGGCAUGUCAUCGUCGUCGUCUCCGGCUCGACCACACGGCAAUUUGCACACGACACCCGCUGCUACGCAAGAAUCAUCUGCUGAACCAGCUUCCAUCAUGGCUCGGACGUCCUCUCAGGCUGGUUUCUUGCACAAAUUGGGACGAAAUAUUCCCGAAUUCAAACGGAGGUUUUUCGUAUUGAAACCGGAAACUCGGCUGUAUUAUUAUUUGUCUCCCAAUGAUACCGAACCAAGAGGCAAGAUUGAUUUGGAGGGGAGUCGGAUUGAACCACUGGAAGAAUUGCCGGAUGGUCGGUUUCGGUUUGCUGUAAUCUCGGAAGAUUUUCAUUAUGGGGAAAGUCGGAUAGUCUUGGAGUCGAGAAGCAAAGAAGUGGGAUUGGAAUGGAUGAAGGGACUGAAAAAUGAACGUGUCUCUGCAUUGAAGGAAAAUGUAGAUCAAUUGCAUGGUGAGAAAAGGGCACUCAAGAAUGUUAUUCAAGAUUUAGAAAAGCAGAUUGACAAUUUUCGAAUGAUGGAAAAAGAUCGGGAUGGUGCAUUGGAAGACGCCCGUAACUGGAAGGAAAAAUUCUUGGCUCUUGACGAAGCGAUACGAGGAUUGACCCAAUUUGUACGCAAACCACCAGUGAUUCCAAAGAUGAAGCGGAAAACAUCAGACGACGAGUUAUCCAGCAAUGAUGAUGAUGAUGAGGAGGAGGAACAUGUGCUGGAAGAGGAGAAAAAGGUCGAGCAUGCAGAGGAAACCACAGAUCCACCAGCAGAUGCCAACGAUGUCACCGUCAUUACGAGGAAUCAUAAUGACAUGAAGGAGAGCUCUGAGGAACUUGAUUUUUCUGACAUGGAAAAGUUGAAAGAUGUACCUGGAACGUAUUUUUCUAGUCUUUCCAAUGCCUGCCAGCAGCAACGAGAACUGUUCCGAUUGGCGUCGAUUGAAGCUGCAACCGCAGUCGAAGAUGUUUUGGAGUCUAAUGAACGGGUGGAAGCAAUAGGAAAGCGUAUGGAGAAGGCGGAAAAGCAUCUCACCAAGUUAUGGGAAGAAAAUUGUUCCAUUCGAAAGAAUCUCAGACAACGAAAGCAGGAAAAAAAGCUUUUGGUGAAGGAAGUAAAAUCACUCCAGCAAGCCAAUAAAGAAUUGGAAGACAGAGCACUCCGUACUCCCAUCGCCAAUCGUUAUUCGCCAUCUUAUGACGCUAAUGCCCAUUCGAAUGGCAUUGGAAAUGAAGGAGAGCGUUUGCUGAAUGAGUUGGAAGAUCAUGUCUCCUCCAGUAUUCGUCUCCAUGAACGUUUGGUGGCUGGAAGUGUGUUGGACAAUGUCGAUGCCAUGGCUCUGGACAACAGCGUCGAAGUUACCGAGAUUGCCUUUUCGAGCUCUCCCGACAAGCUGAGUAUUGCCGCGACUGCAACUGAAGACAGUGAAGCACCUUCAAAACAAGAGAAAGAAGUCAAUCCGAAUACUCCAGGUGCAAGUUCCAGGCUACAGUCUCUCUUUGACGACGAUGAGUCGGAACUGGAAAGCGAAAGCGAGAUUGCUGGAGGUGAUGGCGAUGGUUUGAACGAGUACGAGUCGGUCGCCCCAACUGUAUCUUCUGCUGGAGCCACCAUGGGUGAAAUUACUGAAUUGAUUCUACCCGAAAUGGAAUCUCCAGGCAGAGCAAUGUCCCCGCUGCGCCAGAAUCCAGUGCUGAAAUUGGAUGCUGAUGAUGAAGACGAUGUCUCCCACAUGGGAUCCACCAACUCGGAUGGACCAAGGUCAAAGGUCACUCACAAUGGUCAAGCAACGUCGAGAUUGGUCUGUCCUCUUGCAGAUGUGGUGGAAAGCAAGACUGCGGCAAAGUCGGAGACGGGCGAGUUCAAUGUCUAUCACAUCUCCUUUUAUUCGAAAAAGAUUGGGAUCCAAUUUCAAAAGGCGCCUCCAGCUCCCAAGAAAUCUCGCGGGCUUCUCACGGAUGCCAUGACUGCCGACUUGGACGACAAGACCAGUGGUUCUGGAAAGACGGCUGCAGAGCUGACCACAAUUGCAUCCAUUCAUUCUUCAGUCGCCUCUGGUAGUAACAAGGAAGGCGAUGUUUGUGUGAUUGCUGAUCCCAAGGAUAUUGUUCUUGUGUGCGGUUUUGAAGGAUUUGACGACUCCAAUGCUAACCAACGACCCAAGCUCGGUGCUCGUCUUGUCGCUUUUGAUGGCAUAUCUGUAGAAGUUGGACCAUGGACAUUUGACAGCAUCCGGAAGGGUAUCCAGGCUCGUGGAAGGCCGCUGACCUUAAGCUUCCGAAACGACUUCCUUACCACAGAGCAACGAGCAGUCCUAACCAAAGCUGUCGGGGAUAUGGAUGUAAAGCGGCCACCACCAGUGGAAACCAUUCCACGAUCGUCUCACCAUAGCUUACCAAAAACGAAUCAGAUCCAUCGACGUAUACACAGACGUGGGUCAGUGAACUCAGCUAGGUCUGAUGAAUACGACCACUUUGUCAACGAAAGUCCAAAAGAAAUGUUGAACAUUUCCGAUGCAGUUAACCCGAAGAAUUGUUGUCAUGGAUCAGCAUCUAGCAGCCUUGCUAGUCGCAUCAAACGAACUGGCUCCAUGAAUAGUGGGACUGACUCUGCACACAGCAACUUGAGAUCCUUUAGUGAGACGGGAUCCUCCACCAUUUCCGCUGCUGUUGCUCCACUGGUUGCCAAACUGAUGAAGGGUGUCAAGGCCAAGAGAGAAAAGGAAAAUUAUACCCCUGUUUACCUACAGCAGUCGCCCAAGUCGUUGGAGAGCACACCCCAACACCAAGAUUUUCAUUCUAAUCUACUUUAA